AGCUUAUUCGUUUGUGUGUGUCUUCAUACUGGGGAAAAAGACGGACCACAGGAGCUGUUCCUUCUCCAGCUAAGAGCUGUAGACGUUUUUAAAAGAGCUUUAAGAUGUCAAUGGUAUGCUUGAGAGAGUAUGAAGACUAUGCCAGGAAACACCUUCCAAAGGCAGUGUGGGACUUCUGGGCAGCAGGAGCAGAUGACUGCCACACUCGGGAGGAGAACAUCCUGGCUUUUAAAAGAAUAAGACUACGUCCACGAAUGUUAUGUGAUGUGUCAGUUAUAGACACACGAACUACAGUUUUGGGCACAGAAAUUAGCUUUCCACUAGGCAUUGCACCCUCUGCAUUUCACUGUUUGGCCUGGCAUGACGGGGAGCUGAGUACAGCACGAGCAUCUGGGGCAAUGAAUGUCUGCUAUAUCACCAGCACCAACUCAACAUACUCAGUGGAAGAGAUUGCAGAUGCAGCACCAAAUGGCCUCCACUGGCUGCAGCUGUAUGUCUUUCGCGAAAGGAAGCUUUCAGAACAGUUAGUGCGCAGAGCAGAAGCAGCUGGGUACAAGGCAUUAGUUCUCACUGUUGAUGCUCCAUUAGUUGGAAAGAGAAGAGCAGAUAUCAGAAACAACUUUCAGCUUCCACCACAUCUAAAAGUCAAGAAUUUUGAUGGUUUAUUUGAGGAAAGCAAUGGAUCUAAGGAGUAUGGUAUGCCAGCUAAUACAUUUGACCUUUCAGUGACCUGGAAGGAUAUUCAUUGGUUACAGUCUCUGACUCAUCUACCAAUCAUCAUCAAAGGCAUUUUGACAAAGGAAGAUGCAGAGCUGGCACUGAAGCAUGGAGUCCAUGGGAUUAUCGUGUCAAACCAUGGAGGAAGGCAACUGGAUGGUGUAUCUGCCACAAUUGAUGCUUUGUCAGAAGUUGUGGAUGCCGUUCAAGGAAAGAUUGAAGUUUAUCUAGAUAGUGGAAUCCGUACGGGAAGUGAUAUAUUAAAGGCCCUAGCACUUGGAGCAAAGUGUGUGUUCAUUGGAAGGCCAGCACUUUGGGGACUAACAUACAAGGGUGAAGAGGGUCUUCGAGAGGUCCUGAAAAUGUUAAGAGAUGAGUUUCACCUAUCCAUGGCACUUGCUGGUUGCAGGAAUAUCUCAGAAAUCAACAAGAGCCUAAUUCACUUAUCCAAGCUGUAGAAAUAACGGAACCCAGAUGGUUGCUGAUAUUUAUAUUUAGGACUACAAAUAAAUUAACUAAUUACACAGGAAAUAAAACAGGGUAAAAAAGUUAAAAUAUCUUUCUGUUAAGCAUUUGCAAGAUGGUUUUACACACAAAGGAACUAAAGACCCAAGAAAAAGAAAGCAAGACGGAGAAAAGUUAAGAACGGAAUUUCUGUUAAGCAUAUACUGCAAUGUAAUUUGUGAACCAUAAAUGGCUAAAAGUAAUUUUUUGUGGCCACUUCUGUAGAUAUGAUUUCACCCAUUGAAAAAUGAAGUUGAUAAAUAAAGUGAAUACAUUUUAACAAGUAA